AUGUCACAAAUCGGAUCUAGAGCACCUUUUACGAAAGAACAAACAUUUACCAACUACAAUCAUGAACAAGGCAAUGCUUAUGUCCAGGGUCGCCCGGACUACCACCCUAAACUAUACCAAUACAUCAUCGACUCUCACAUCUCGACCGAUGGCCAACUAGAUACACUUCUAGAUCUGGGUAGUGGUCCAGGUACUGCUACUCGGGCAUUGGGGGUCAACUUCGCUCACGCCAUCGGCCUUGAUCCAUCCGAAAGUAUGGUUGCUACAGCUCGGUCCAUAGGGGGUGUCACUUCGAUCUCUGAGUCCAUCCGCUUCGCGGUCUCUACAGCGGAAGACUUGGGCACAAGUCUCUCAAACCAACCAAUUCCAAAUGCCAGUGUUGACCUUAUAACAGCCGCCAACUCUGCACACUGGUUCAACAUGUUUCGAUUCUGGGAAACGGCUGCUCGUAUCCUCAAGCCUGGCGGGAGCGUUAUAAUGUGGACGAACGGCAAAACAGCCAUGCACCCAUCUGUUCCCAAAUCCACUGCUAUCUAUGCCGCCCUAGAUCAUCUGGAAGAGACUCAUCUGAGAUCUUAUAUGGUUCGAGGGAAUUUCAUGACGAGGAAUCGCUAUAUCGAUCUUGCCGUAGACCCUAGAUGUGCCUGUUUCAGGUUUUUAUCAGCCAGCAUUUGUUAG